AUGUCAUUCAGCAAUCUAAAAUCUCUGAUAAAGACAUUAAGGCAGCAGAAAACACUUGCGGAUGAGAGAUCUCUCAUCCAGCGUGAAUCAGCAGCCAUACGUACUGCAUUUAGGGAGGAGGAUCACUUCAUGCGACAUGCCAACGUUGCUAAAUUGAUUUAUAUCCAUAUGCUCGGAUACCCGGCUCACUUUGGUCAGAUUGAAUGCUUAAAACUAGCAGCGAGCUCAAAAUUCUCCGAUAAAAGACUUGGUUAUUUGGGAAUUAUGUUGUUACUUGAUGAAUCACAAGAAGUUCUCACUUUAGUCACUAACAGUCUCAAAAACGACAUGAAUCAUCCAAAUAUGUACGUCGUCGGUCUGGCUUUGGCGACAUUCGCGAAUAUUUCAUCAGAAGAAAUGGCAAGAGAUUUAGCGCAAGAGGUUGAGAAAUUGCUAUCAUCUAAUAACUCUUACAUACGCAAGAAGGCGGCGUUAUGUGCUAUGCGCACUGUUAGAAAGUUACCUGAACUUCAUACUUAUUAUAUCAACCCUGCAAAAUCCCUUCUCAGCGAUCGCAAUCAUGGUGUACUUCUCUGUGCCGUCACGCUGGUCACACAUAUAGCUCUCGCUGAACCAUCAACUCAAACUGAAUUGAAGAAGGCCAUACCAUUGCUUAUCAGAAACCUAAAAACCCUUAUCACUCAGGGUUAUAGUCCCGAACAUGAUGUUUCUGGUAUAACCGACCCUUUCCUUCAGAUAAAAAUACUCCAAUUACUCCGAUUACUUUGCAUCAACGAUGCGGAAUCAUCUGAAAUGGUCAAUGAUAUUCUUGCACAAGUCGCGACAAACACUGAUAAUAGCAAAAAUGUUGGAAACUCCAUCCUUUAUGAGGCUGUUCUUACUAUAUUAGAUAUUGAAGCUGAAUCUGGUCUGAGGGUUAUGGCUAUUAACAUCCUUGGUAAAUUCUUAGGAAACAAAGACAACAAUAUUCGCUAUGUGGCUCUCAACACACUUAACAAGGUUGUUGGUAUGGACACACAAGCUGUACAGCGACACAGGAACAUUAUAAUAGAUUGUUUACGUGAUGGUGACGUAUCUAUACGUAGACGUGCGUUGGAGCUGUCUUACGCACUUAUUAAUCAAUCUAAUGUCAAGGUGCUUACGCGUGAAUUGCUAUCAUUUUUGGAAGUAUCCGAUAAUGAAUUCAAGAAUGGCUUGACCGCUCAGAUAUCAUUUGCUGCUGAGAGGUUCGCACCAAACAAGCGUUGGCAUAUCGACACCAUCCUCCGUAUGUUGAAAGUGGCUGGGAACUACGUUCGUGAGGAAGUCCUUUCUGCAUUCAUCAGACUGGUUUCACAUACUCCUGAAUUACAAGCAUACACUGUACAAAAGCUCUACUCUAGCCUCCUAAAAGAUGUCUCACAGGAGGCACUAACGUUGGCUGGUGUUUGGAUGAUAGGUGAAUUUGGUGAAGUCCUCCUCGCUAAUAGCAGCUUUGAGGAUGAGGAUAGAGUCGUCGAUGUAUCCGAAAAAAGCAUAGUUGAUUUACUUGAAUCAAUAAACGUAUCUCCUUACGCUAGCACAAUCAUUCGUCAAUACGUUCUAGUCGCCGCUGCUAAACUAUCUAUGAGAUUUGGCAAGUCAUUUAGCGAAUCGCAAGAUAAAUUACGCACAUUGAUAACGAUGUAUGAAACAUCGCCUGAAUUGGAAUUACAACAACGCUCUAUUGAGUUCACACAAUUGCUAGGCAUGCCUACACUUGUUGAUGGUGUUUUAGAGAGGAUGCCUCCUCCAGAAAUUCGCACAUCUAUGCUUGGCGGUACAGCAUCAGAGUCUAAGCCAGUCGGUAGUACGAGAUCAGCUGCUCAGGACUCCUCACUUGUUGACAUUAUGGGUGAAGAUGCCGGUGGAGCAGCCAGUGUGCCAAGUGCGGGUGUUACAGGCAACGCGCAUGAUUUGUUAGCUGAUAUAUUCGGCACGGGAUCACCGGCACCAGAAACAGCAGCGGGAGCACAAUCACAAAAGUCAUCGGUGAAUGAUAUAAUGGGUCUAUUUGGCCAGCAAACUCAACAGCCAGAGCAGAAACCAACAGGAUAUACUGCUUACGACGCGAAUGGAUUACUGAUCGUAUUGACGCCAUCAGUAGACACCAGCAAAGGCAAUAUCGUCAACAUAAAGGCCACGUUCACUUGUACGGGAUUAGUAGAGUGUGAGAAUGUGAGCUUCCAAGCGGCAGUGCCGAAAUCAAUGAAAUUGCAAAUGCAACCUAUAUCAAACUCAACCGUCUCACCUGCGAAAGGGGAACAGCAACUUAUGCGUGUUAUGGCACAGCCGGGAUCUCACGUUCGAUUGAGACUAAGAAUCAGUUUCACAGUUUCCGGCCGACAAGUACAGAAUCAAGUAGACUUUUCAGAAUUUCCGUCUAAUUUGUUAUAAGAUUUUUUAAAUUUGAUCGAAUAUACCUUA